CGCUUGCCGGCUACGUCUUCUUGUGCGUACUGGGUAGAAUAUUAUGCACCCCCAUGGGCAUUUUUCCUCUACUGACUGUAUUAGGUAUUUGCUGCACCAGAGAAAACCAGAGCCCAAAAGCCCACUCCCAGUAUUCCUUCUCGGCAGCAGACUGAGGGCCAACCUAUACCACCUGGGGAUGAUAUUGCUGCUAGCGGUGUAUGGGAGGUGCAAUGCAUAAUAGCAG